GUUCCGUUUGGACGGGAACAUACAAAUGUCGGCGUGCUGACUACGAACGCAUCUCCGAACACUGCUGCUUUGCACAUCACAGCCGCCGGAACUCCGAUGCUAAUAUGUGAUCAAACGGAGGAAGACGAUUGUCCCUUGUUGAGUGGUGAGUUGUGACCCUCAUAGCCCACAAUUUCUCAGAAUGGACGAAACAGGCGCGAAACCCAAAAGAAGCGGUGCUCGUUUGUGCUACACGUGCAACGAAAGAAGAGCAGCCCUCAAAAGACCCAAAACUCUCGAACAGAUUUGCAGGGAGUGUUUUUAUGAUGUUUUUGAGGAGGAGAUUCAUCAAGUUAUUGUGACUAAUCAGUUAUUCAAGCCAGGUGAACGCGUCGCUCUUGGUGCUUCUGGUGGAAAAGAUUCAACAGUCCUGGCUUAUGUAUUGUCAAAACUAAAUAAGAAACAUGACUAUGGCCUUGAUCUUUUCCUCUUAUCAGUAGAUGAGGGCAUCACUGGGUAUCGAGAUGACUCCCUUGAAACUGUUAAGAGAAAUGAAAUUCAGUAUGGAUUGCCUUUGAAAAUCAUAUCUUACAAGGACUUAUAUGGAUGGACAAUGGAUGAAAUAGUGAAGGUCAUUGGUUUAAAGAACAAUUGCACCUUCUGUGGAGUCUUUCGUCGGCAGGCUCUUGAUCGAGGAGCUGCAUUGCUGAAAGUUGAUAAGCUUGUUACUGGCCAUAAUGCUGAUGAUAUUGCUGAGACAGUUCUCCUGAACAUAUUACGAGGAGAUAUUGCUAGGUUGAGUAGAUGCACUUCAAUAACCACGGGUGAAGAUGGGCCCAUUCCCAGAUGUAAACCUUUUAAAUAUACAUAUGAAAAGGAGAUCGUAAUGUAUGCAUAUUUCAAGCGGCUGGACUACUUUUCCACAGAAUGCAUCUAUUCUCCAAAUGCAUAUCGUGGUUUUGCUCGUGAGUUCAUCAAGGAUUUGGAAAGAAUUAGACCUAGAGCAAUUCUUGACAUAAUCAAAUCAGGGGAGAAUUUCAGGAUUUCCACUACUACGAAAAUGCCAGAGCAGGGGACUUGCGAACGGUGUGGUUAUAUAUCUAGUCAGAGGGAAGUUCUUCAAGCUCUAUCAUUUCCCCCCGCCAGUUGUCUAGAAGUUCUAUUAGUCAAAUGGACAAAGGGGGUAUUAAUUAAAAUUUAUACAAAUAAAUGGUGUAAAGCUUGUGUCCUUCUUGAGGGACUAAAUCGCGGUUUGCCUAAGCUUGGAAUUGGAAAGGGUCGGGUCAGUGUUAAUGGUUCCGAGGAUAGUAAUGAAAGUGAUAGAGAAAAGAGUAUUGCCAGCAAACAAUGUGGAACUUUAGACUUCUAACAUGCCCUUUGAGCUUCAUGUCAACUUCAACAGAAUGCUAAGAAUCUGUGCCUUUCAUUACUCGGGCAUUUACUAUCAAUCAGUAGAUUCAAUAGCAGUUAUUGCAAGUGGAGCGAGAAUCUUCAGUCUUGAAGGACCUGAACCUUGACCUUUGUCUGAGAUUUGACAAGAGUAGCUUGAAAGCUAAAAGGAGUGAUGUGGGGUCCUUGUUCAUGAAAUUGUCGUCAUCACCUGAUAGUGAAUGAAGUAGCUAGUUACAGCACGCAGAUGUUGCAACUUUUCAUUUUUAUUUAUACUUCUCAUAACGAGGGCAAUAUUUUAAGCCAUUGUAACUGGUAUUUAUUGAUGCAACCCCAUUGGAGAACGUUAAUGGUUCACUUAUAUGGUUGAAUCAUUCCAUUGGGAUUUUGGACAGCAAUUCAACUAAGUGCCUAGUAGCUCAAAUUUGAUGCUAUUAGACCCAAAAGAUUGUCAAAAAUAACUGGAUUACAUGCUUCCUAUUUCUACCCUAUUUAGUAUGUAUUUAUAAGAUGCUAUGACUUAGAAUCAUUAUGAAAUGGUAUGACUUUUAUGAUUA